AUGCUCUGCUUUAAACGCGAGUCGGAAAACAAGCGCCUGCGACGCCAACUCACCAACUCUCAGAAUUCCCGCUAUGUCCAAAUGCUUCUGGCAAUGGACGACAUACCCUUCCUGCACAACGCCCUCGCCGCCUUCUUCGUCUGGCUCCUCCUCGCCGGCUUCCUGUUCUUCCCGGGAACCUUUACCUCGAUCAGAAAAUCCGUCGAGAACAACCACUCCAACAGCUUGGAGAACCAGGCCGCCGGCGUGAUUGUCAAGUCCGUCAAGAACAUUCCAUUGCUAGUUAUCGCGGCCAUUGCGUGCGCAACAUCCGUCGGCGGCAUGGCCUUCCUCGCUUCGAAGCAUUUGGGUAACUAUGUCUGGCUGCAGAACAGGCUGGUCAUCCCCGGCACUGCCAACUGUUUUGCCGGUCUGGUAUCGACCUUGGUGGGCGUCUAUUCACAGCAGAAAGGGGUUUGGAGUCCGACGGCAAAGAUUACAGCCAUUGUGGAGGGUUCUUGCCUAGCCGUUGCGAUGGGACUUUUUGUGCUUGUUGAAAGGUUUUUGAGGAGGGUUAGAGAGGAACAUGAUCAACACAGUGAAAAGCUUUGGGUGUCUGGCCGGUUGUAA